AUGGUAGAAGAAUGCUUUAUUCCUACUACUAAAGAGCUACAAGUUUUGAAAAAAUAUGCCAGCAGACUUCAAACUGCAAUCACUGAGCCCAGAGAGUUGUCAAUGAAACUAUUUUCAGCAGGUCUCAUUUCUCAUUCAACACUUCAAAAGGUUAAUGCUCCCGUCACCAUACCACUUGCACAGAGCUAUGAGCUUAUAAAUGAUUUAUACCAUGCUGUUGCCAUUGAGCCCAGCAAUUUUCACAAACUCCUUACUACACUAGAGGAUUAUCCUCCACUACUGACUGCUGUUUCCAAGGAAAUGAAAAAAGCCUUCAAAACUAAGGAAUCAAAGGAAUCAGAAAGUGCAAACGACCAACAGAAAGAGAUUAUCAUUGCUGAUGGACGAAGUGUACAAAGAGACUAUGAUCGCAUGCGUUCAAAGUUAGCAGGAUUAGUGUUUAACUUUCAGAAAGUAGUUGAAGAGGCAAAUAUCAGCAUUGAAGAUCUGAAGCAAUAUGUUAUCCUUUAUCGUGAGGAGUGCAAAGAUGAGUUUAAAAAAGCACAAGAUUUUAACGAAGUAUUUUUUGUAAUUCGUAGCAAGUUUUGCUCUCUCUUCAAUUAUGAGGUGCUAGUACGAAUUGCAGAAUAUUUUGAGCUUGCUGAUGGAUUUAAAGUUAUAAAAGAAUAUGAAGCAGAGGAAGAAAAUUAUCGUAAGCUAUUGAGUAGCUCCACACUUGCCAGCGAGCUGCAAAGAGAAAAUGAACUGCUUCGUCAGAAUUUAGCUCAUGCAAAGAACAUUGUUCUUAAGUUUAAACAAUGGCCACGACCACCAGCACCAACUGUUGUUGAGUUUCUUGAAAUUAUUAAAGAGGUUUUUUCUGACCUUGGAGAUUUGAUUCAUCUUCUUGAAGUUAAAGAAGGAUCAAUUAUUGUUACAAUGUGUGCUCCUGAACGAGCAAUAGGAGCACUAAUAGUUCUGGCAAAGAGGAAAAUAGCAUAUCUCAAAGAUAUGGGAGUGACCUGGCUGAAAAUUGGAAACACUAUGAUUAUUGAAGACAUGGACAAAGUAUACACUGACCAAGAUGAAACUUUAACUUGUACAGCUUUACCCACAAUUGCUAAACUGAAAUUAAAGUUAUACAGUACUUUCUUAGCAGCUCUCAAGCAGGCUAUAGUUCAAGAUGCAAAUGGCCCUCCUCCUAUUCCUGUGAAAGCUCAUGAGAGAUGGAAAAGUAGCAGUGCAUAUAUUACAGCUAUAAGUAAAGAUACAGGUGAUCCUCCUCCCAUUCCUGUGAGACCUGGCAAAGAUGCAAAUCACCCUCUUCCUAUUCCUAGAAGUUAUAGUGUAGGUGAUGCUCCUCCUCCCAUUCCUGCGAGACCUGGUAAAGAUGCAACUAUUCCUAGAAGUAGUAGUGUGGGAGGUGCUCCUCCCAUUCCUGUAAGAGUUAGUAAGGGAAGUACCUCGGGAAGUACAGAGAUUGUUCCUACCUCACUUAAGGAAACUGAUGCACCUUCUCCAGCCACUCCUACUUCUCCUGUACAGUUGUCAGAAUGUGGCUGGUAUUGGCAAAAUAUAUCAAGAGAGGAAGUUCGUGCUAAAUUAAAAGAUGCCCUUGAAGGCUCAUUCCUUGUACGUGACUCUGAAGGAGGUGCCUAUACACUGACAGUUAAGACAGGAGAACAGAAUAAGCUAGUCCGUAUUAUAAACUCAAAUGGAAUGUAUGGAUUCUCGGGUCUAAUACAAUACAGGAGUGUACCUGAUCUUAUUGAUCAUUACAGGGAAGUUUCUCUAUCUCAAUAUAAUCGAAAACUUGAUGUGAAGCUGGUUCAUCCAGUAUCAAGAUUUGCUAAAAUAUCUGAUGAAGGUGUCAAGGAGGAAGAUGAAGAAAAUGAUGUUGAGGAGUUGCUGGAGAACUUAAAAAAUGUUACUGAAUUGUUUGACUCAAAAAUUGAAGUGUAUUUUGAGUUAGAAAAAAAAGCAGAAAUAACAAAGAAAGAGGUAGACACCAUUUAUACUGCUGUAAAAGGAUAUAGCAAUAUGGUUGAAUUGCUUACAGAACAGCAUGAAAUUUUGAGGAAGCAAAACCUGGAUGCAUCAAAAAUGGAGCAAAAAGAUAGAAUGAAUGUAAUGGAGAAUGCCAAGUUAUUAAGUCAUAAAAUCACAGUGGCAGAAAGCAGUCACAAAACAUCACUACAGCAGCUGAGAGACUGUAACAGCAAGUUUAGAGCACUAGAUAGGGACCUGAAUGUACUUAGACCAGAACUUAUGAGACUACAGUGGGAAAAAGACCAAUACACCAGUAAAUUAGUACAAGAAGGUUUAAGUCACCAAGAGAUAUCAGACCGUGUUAAAGAUAAAGCAAUCAAUGAAUCAGAGAGUAUAUAUGCAGCAAUUUAUGGUGCUCCAAAGUUGCAGGAUGAAGACGAGGAGAGAAAUGAUAAUUAUGAGCCUCCACUUGUGACACAGAAUAUUUAUCAUCCAGGACCACGUCCACCUCUACCUCCUAGAUCUAGUGACUCACUACAAAAAGAUCUAAGGGAGAAAGCAAUUGAAUCAGACUCAUAUAUGGUGAAGUGGCAGAAUCAAAAGCCUUCAUCUGAAAUACAAAGUAUUCAACCACCUCCAAUUCCACCACCUCCUAAGCAUUCAAUAUCACAGACUACUCCACCAACACUAGUGCCACUACCACACAUCCGGCCAGAGACCUGGUAUAUAGAAUGUGACAGGUUAUGUGCUCAUAGGCACUUGCGUGGUAAACAAAAUGGUACAUUUUUAUGCCGUCCAUCAAGAAAGGCAAUGCCAAGUGCUAAAGGAGGACUACACACCCAUACAAUUGAUAUAGUUUACAAUGGUAUCAAGAGCUUAAAAGUUGUACAAGACAGUAAUCGAUAUGGGUUUGCUAUUCCGUGUUGUUAUGAUUCAUUACUGGACCUUGUACUUCAUUAUUCGGAAAAGUCUUUAGAAAUUCACAACCCAAUAUUAACCACUACACUUGCCUUUCCAGUGUUCACUUGAUUAUUUUUAAAAUUAUAAUUAUUUUGUGCAAUUUUUAGUUUUAUUUUUAGCAAGAGAAUAGAUUGUAUUAUCCACUA